CCCCGUUUUCCCUAGUUUACAUACGAGAACAACACCAUCCUCUUUCUGUGCGUACUUAUCUAGACUAAGUCAGUCUCAAGUGGAUUCUGUUAUAUCUAUGGGUUUUGGACACUUGCUGGAAAUGAGAGUAAGAUUUCUGCCAACACAGAUGGCAUAUUGGUUGAUGGAGAAUUUUGACUACAAAACUAGUGAAUUGUUGAUUGAUGACAAUGUGAAAAUUAAAGUAACUGAAGAUGAUGUUUGUAGAGUUUUUGGUUUUCCUAAGGGUGGUGAAGAGAUCAACAGGUUCCUCUAUUCGGCUUGUAAUGCUUUGAGUAUGCAGUGGGUGUCUUUGUUCAAUGUGCGACAUCGUGACAAUAUAAAGAUUAAAGCUGUUUUAGAUAAGAUGUUGGGAGAGGUGGAUGGAGGGCCAUGGUUCAAGAGGCAUUUUCUCAUUGCUAUGCAGUUUAGUCUAAUAGAGAGCUAUCCGAAUGGGACGGUUCAUCCAUUCGUCAUGAGAUGCUUGGAGGAUUUGAAUGUGGUCAGAAAAUGGAACUGGGCAGGAUACAUGUUGAAGGCUUUGAUUCAGCAUGCACAAAGUUGGGCCGAUAAUGGGAAGAAAAUAUUCUGUGGUCCAAUACUAUUUCUUGUGCUAGUCUAUGUCGACAGAAUGCAUAUGGAAGGUUCGAAUGUACCACGUACAAUCCCGAUAUGUGUCAAUUGGUCAGGUAGUGAAUUGCUGCAGCGGCAAAAGCUCGAGGUUGAUAAGAAAUAUUUUGGAUCAGGAUCACUGCGUGGUCCAAUACCACUUCCAGCAAUCGAGCAAUUGGAACCUGCAAAUGUUGGCAGGAAUGUGGCCGUCAGCUUUGAACAAUCGCCUGAAAGUCUGCUGCGCUCGAGGAUGCUUAAAAUAUCCCGUGAAAUAGGUGAAAAGGCUAGAUUUCUGAAAAGUGUUAUGUUAGAGGCGUCGGUUGAACAUAGAAGAUCACUUGUUUUCAAAGAGUGUUUGGUGACAUGCUCCCUUAUUUCCGGGAUUCGUCUAGUUGAGAACUUAACUGAGUCGACACAAUCCGAGCACAUUGCAGCGCCAACUGAAGUUCCGCCUGCUACGGUUGCUAAUAUUGACACACAAAACGUAUGCAGUUUCUUUCCCUAA